ACAGUUGUUGGACUUCAACAAGCUAGCGAAGGAUAACGCUAGAGGAGAACAGGUUGAGCUUGCCUUUUCACGGAGACAAAGGCGCCUACAAGACCCGGGCGGUCGGAAUAUUUUAUACAUUAUCUCCUAACAAUUAGCAACGUUGGUAUCGUCACGUGUAGCCCGGCACAGUUCCCUCGUGCUAAUGUUAGCAACACAAACAUGCUCGUUGUUGCUCAGAGUGUGACGCCUGUUUUUUUCCCUGCUGCCGCUGGUCGAGGGUUGUGAUGCGAGCCGAGUUGCAGCACGACAGAGGGUGAGGCGAGAGCUACAAUCGGAAUAUAUUCAUCUUGACACGGAAAAUGAACUUUGUCGGGGAGAAUCAGACGGGGUCACGCAAAGAAGCGGGCAUGCGACCGCACAAGGGCCUGGAAGUCAUUGUUAGUCAACAACUUUAGCCAGCUAGCGAAGGUUAGCUUGCUUUAAUUCAUGCAGGUGAAGUGGUUUGUUGUCGGGCGGUAAUCGCACUUUGCUAGCGUAAAGGAGGCACCCCGAGUGACUUGUUCGUUUCAGUUGAUUGUCCUGCUCGUCUUAAAAUACUAUUGGCAAUGUGCUGACGACCAGGAAGCCUUUCGUCGAAUAAUAGGACGCGGUUGGCAGGAAUUUUUGAAUGGUGAUUACCUGCCCGAGUCAUAGUUGAGCGAAGUUCUCUAGGUGUAUGAAUUGUUACUGUAACAGUAUCUAUUUCACGCAGGUAUCGCAUUUUUCUAUUACUGAUACCUUUGUGCAGUUGCACUUUAUUGAGCUGACUUUUAAGGAUGCACCAAAGGCACCUUUGAUUUGGGGUUUAGUGAAAACUACAAUUUAGUGACACCCCCCCCAAGUAAAAAACCAGCACUUGUAUAGAAGUUAUUGGGUAGGGUUUAAAUGCAUAUAUUGUUAUGAACCAGGGCAGAGACAGCCUUAUCCAUGUCAUUUGGUUCCUAGUCACUGUUUAACCCGAUAUCCCAGCUGUUCGGCACAGUUAAAGACUGAGUUUCACUGGAAAUGAAAGCAUGAAUAUCGAAGAGCAGUGUCUAGAUUUGUGCAAUGUCAAGAUGAAAAACAAUGUGGACGAUGAUCACAACACUACCAACAGUACGGAAGGGGUCACCCCCAGGAUCUCUGAACUGAUGACUGACAGUAAUACAGAAAAACAAAGCAUUGUUCCCACGGAGGCCUCUGAAACUUACCUGAAGCCUGAGCUCACUCACAACCUUCAGGCAGCAGAGGAGAACAACCAGCAGGCACAAGAUGUAGUGCAAAUUGAUGAAGUCAAUGGAAAUGGAAAGAACAGUGCCCAGGACCCACUCGCGGUAGUAAAUCCCACUGAUUUGAUCUUUUCUAACAGUGAGCAGCACAAGGAUGACACCGGUGAGGAUAAAAUGAAGGAAAACAAGGACAGUGAUCCUGCAAAGCUUGUUGUGGAAGAAGGGGAUGAUGGUGGGGACAUGGAUAUAGGUGUGGAUCUGAGUCUUGAUGAGAGUGGUGUGCUGGAAGCUGAAUCUGUAAAUGUUAGAUCACUCUCAGACAGUAAUUUAGACUCAGUGUCCACUCUUCAGGAUGUCCCAGCUGGCAGCAUUACAGAAAGCCAGUCUGAUGCAAACCAGACAUGCAGCACAGAAGCGUCUGCCACAGAUCAAGCUGGACUGUAUCCCUCAGUGCAGGAGGGGGACAGUAAACACAAAAGUGGCAAACGGGUGACAUUUCCCUCAGACGAGGAUAUAAUAUCUGGAGCAGUGGAGCCAAAGGACCCCUGGAGACAUGCUCAGAAUGUGACCGUGGAGGAGAUCCUCUCAUCCUAUAAACAGGCCUGUCAAAAACUCAACUGUAAACCUAUACCCAAAGUGCUCAAACAGAUACAGGAACUGAAAGACCUGACACAGCGAAACGAAUGCUUAGAUUUGAAAGGUGAGAAGCUGGACUACAAAGCAUGUGAGUCUCUGGAAGAGAUUUUGAAGAGGGUCCAGUUUAAACUGAUAGACUUGGAGCAAACCAACCUGGAUGAAGAUGGUGCGUCAGCUCUCUUUGACAUGAUAGAGUACUAUGAGUCAGCCACACAUCUCAACAUCUCCUUCAACAAGCACAUUGGAACACGGGGAUGGCAGGCCGCAGCUCACAUGAUGCGAAAGACGAGCUCUCUGCAGUAUCUUGAUGCCCGUAACACUCCCCUGCUGGACCAUUCUGCUCCCUUUGUAGCACGAGCGCUCAGAAUCAGUGGCAGCCUGGCAGUCCUCCACCUGGAGAAUGCUGGCCUCUCUGGCAGACCACUCAUGUUAUUGGCUACUGCUCUGAAGAUGAAUAUGAACCUGCGGGAGUUGUACCUUGCUGACAACAAGCUCAAUGGCCUGCAGGACUCAGCCCAACUUGGCAACUUGCUCAAAUUCAACUACAACAUUCAGAUCCUGGAUCUGCGCAAUAACCAUAUCCUGGACUCUGGUCUGGCCUAUGUGUGUGAAGGCCUGAAAGAACAGAGAAAAGGCCUUGUCACCUUGGUGCUAUGGAACAACCAGCUCACGCACAAUGGCAUGGGCUACCUUGCUGCUGCACUGCCAUGCACACAGAGUCUGGAGACUCUGAACCUCGGCCAUAAUUCGGUGGGUAACGAAGGAGUCCACAAGCUGAAAGAUGGGCUGAUCGCCAACCGCUCUGUGCUCAGGCUGGGCCUUGCUUCCACCAAGCUGUCAUGUGAAGGAGCUGUAGCUGUGGCUGAAUUCAUUGCUGAGAGCCCCAGACUGCUGCGCCUGGACCUUCGAGAGAAUGAGAUUAAAACAGGUGGCCUCAUGGCCCUGUCACUUGCCCUGAAGGUUAACACCUCCCUGCUGCGUCUCGACCUUGACCGGGAGCCCAAGAAAGAAACUGUGAAGAGCUUCAUUGAAACGCAGCGUGCCCUGCUGGCUGAGAUCCAGAAUGGCUGCAAGAGGAAUUUCAUCCUUGCUAAAGAAAAGGAGGAGAACGAGCAGAAGAUGAGGCAGUCAACCUCCAUGGCUGAAAUUGCCACAGAAGAUGGGACCGGGGAAGAUGAAGAGGAGGAGCAAGAAUCAGCGUCAGAGCAGAGCAGGAACACAGAGGAUGAAACAGCAGAAAAUGCAGUGCAGACAGGCAGCGAGUCAGGAGCGAGCUCCGACUCGAAUGUUCCUCAAACAAACAUGGAGUCUGAUUCUGACACUGAGGAUGAGGAGGAAAGUGAGGUAGUAACAAAGUCUUCUCCCGCUUCAAACUCCUCCACUCUUUCAAACCAGACCGCUCAUCAAACCCUAACAGGGGUUGCACACUCCCAACUCAGUGCCUCACGUACAUCCUCAGCUUCAUCUUCUGGAGGGCCAAGUGUAAUUUCGGUCACCGUCACAGAAUCUGCAGCUCCUCCGGGUACACCUCCAUCUCCUGGGCGCUGCAUAUCUGUCUCAAGCCCUGGGAGGGGUCAUAAGAUUUUCAUGGUAACUCGGGUAGAGAGCCCCCCUGAGCAGCAGCAGCAGCUCCAGAUAAGUGUACCUGCUGUUCCCAGCCAGUCUAAAGAGCCCUCAAAGACUCCUGUAGACAUGACACAGCAGACACAGCCCCCACGCGUAUCUCAAACACCUACACAAACACAACUGACACAGGAGGGCAUGAAGGAGAACUCACCUGCUCUAUCGACAGACUGUAAAAUGACAGAGCAGAGUCCUGUAGCACUAAAUACUACACAAACCCACAAACUACAGUCAGAGUCUACAACUGAAGCCACAGAAGCCACGGCACAUCCAAGUCUACAGUCACCUUUAAAUUCCUCAUCAGUGCAGGUAACAGAGAGCCCUAAAAGCCCCCAACCUGAUCCUACUUGUGUAGAAGGAAACAAAAAGAAAGAGGAGGAGGAGCGAUGUCCCGUAGGAGAUGAUAGGCAAGUGAUGGACCAAGAGUGUAAACAGUCAGAUGAACUGAAUCCGCCCCAGACUAGCUUACCUCCACAGCAGGAACUGUUAACAUCUGCACUGGAACAGCUACAGAAUGACCUAGUCUCUGCAUCAGAGGAGACCCACCCACCACACCAAACACAAGAGACACUUCUACAGAAAGAGAAUCAGGAAGUGGCGGUCAGCUUACUAGAAAAUGAAAAACCCAGUUUAGCAGAGACAGAACAGCCAAACCAAGAGGAACCAUUACCAAAGCAGCAAACAGAGGCACAUGAACAGGAAAUGGAGUCUUUCCUCUCUGUCCACACUGAUCGGCAGGCACCAGCUGUCAUUGAGGGUGGGGCACAGGAGUCAAAUCCUCAAGCAGGAGAUGUAACACAGAGUCCCAACCCUGCCCCAUCUUGGCCUGAAGCUGUCGCUGAAAUUAAUCCACCAGUCGAAGAGGAGGAAUCGGCUGAUGAAAGCUCUGCAGAUGAGGGAGAGAGUUUUGCUGAGGCUCUGGAGGGGGAGGCGGUCGGUUGUUCUCUGCCCAAUGGCCUGAAACCUGAGUUCUCCCUCCAUCUUCUCGACACUGAAAGCCCCAAGCCUGGCAGCUGUGUGAUGGAGCACGUGAGUGUCAGCUGUGGAUCAGACCUGGAGGAGCUGCUGCUAGAAGCCAGUUUGGAGACUGGGAAAGGCUCACCGUGAGGGACUAUCAGGACAGGUCAAAACAACAUAAGUUGUCUGGCUCUGCUACAAUGUCUCCUACAAUGUUUUUGUCAUAACCACCAACACAGCAUUUCCAUAAAGGACAGAAGACCCAGUGUUACACACUCAGCUCGAUACAGGAAAAUGCAAACAAAUCAUGGAAAAGACUGAAAGGACAAAAUUUGCCUGUGGAGCUCAGCUGUGACAUAAGGAACCCUCUACAUCCACACUACACCAACCACUGAAACACAUGCAUAUGCACAAUGAAUAUGCGAAAAGGGGGGAAAGAGUAAUAAAGUUCACCCUGUUGUCACUACAUUUUGUCAGUCCACAAUCUUUACACAGAAGUGAGAUGGGGGUGGACAAAGGAGAGAGGAUGAAACACUAACCAAAGAUGGACCUUUCUCACAGCCCCUUGCGCUCUUCUCCACCAAGAAAAAAUAACUAGUAAUUUAAAAGGUUUUUUUUGUAACAUACAAACACAAAGACAACAACAGUGAUGAUGUGAAGUGACAAAAUAACAGUGGCAGACCCUGCUGAUCAGACCUGCUGGCUUUAAACACUUGAGGGUGGAGUAGGUCGCUAUUAAAGGUUUUUAUAUCCAAGGAAGCUGAAGGCGUUAAUGUAUCUGUUUAAGUGUCAACAUUUUGUGCGUGUCUCCCACUCUCUCCUCUAAACUCUAAGGGACAUCUGUCAAAGUGACCUCUCCUCUUUGUUUUCUCUUCCUCCGCUCACUUUGGCCCCUCAGGAAUCCGCGUCCCCACCUCUGGCCAGACCUUUCAGAUCUGACGUGGAGGAGCUGCAACCAUCUCCCGCUUGCUUCUGCUACAAUAAAACUGCUUUUUAGAGGUCACUGAGUCUGUAAUUUGUUCCCCGCUAAAAAGAAAACAGAACUUCAGUGAAUGUCAGAAAUUCAGCUUUUAGUAGAUUUAUUUAGAGGGAAGAAAAGCAGUUUUUCCUUGAUUCUCUGCAGCUCAGUGAUUGCUUCAUUCAAUUGGUCUUUUGUUGUGUUUAGGUGUAAAGAAAAGCAGCCUGGUCUCAGUCGUCAUCUCCCCUCUCCUUUCGUCCUGUCCUUCAGUCUUCCACUGGUACUUGUGGUGCCAUCUCUCCCCUCUGCUCUCGCUGCACAUUCAUGUUGCCUUCAAUCUCACUACUUCAGAUUAAUUUUUUUUUUUUUUUCAGGGGUGGGGGUGGUAAGAGUUUGUUGUUUGGCUGCUUUGAGAAAUCAGUUACUUCAUAUUUAUUUUAUGAGCCUUUUGAUUUAUUUCCCCCCUUUUUUCUUCUUCACCCACCCCUUAUUUUACUUUUCCUUUCAUGUUUAGGGGUUGCUUUAAGGUUUUUGAUGUAUAUAUCAUACUACACUAGAGGAUAUAUCUAGUUUUGUGUUUUUGAGAGGGGAGAGGGUCUAAUUAUAAUCUGAGGAAAGGUAAAUAAGAUUGAAUGAUUAGAAACAGCCAGGGUGCAGUAAUGAAACAAGAAAGGAGCAGGCACAAGUAAUCAUAUUUUAAAGCUGCGCUGUGUGAAGCUGUGGCCACAAGGGGGCAGUGCUGGUUGUUUUCCCACAGGCCUAAACAAGCCCGCAGUCUGAACAGCAUCAUCUAUUGAUGCCUGUGCAAGUCCAACCCCAGUCCUUUGUUUUUCAGAGCAAGGCAGUUAAAUGGGUUUCUCUGCUUUGAUGUUUCCUCCCUGAUGCAGAUACAAGAAGGUGCACACGGAGCAGCAUUCAACCCUCCUGCUCUUCUCCACCCAGCAGAUAGUUUGCUCCCACUGUUUGUAAUGCUUUAAUUUUUAGAAUUUUUUUAAGAGAAUAAUUUGUUAACUUAAUUGAACUGUGCUGGUAAUCACAAAGAUAUGUAUGGCGAAAAUUUGUUCCUCAAAUAAAUGCAUGUAAUAACUAAUAAUAUGACUGAAUGUAUGUUUCAAUGGAGAAUGCUCCAUUUUGGGGCUUCAAAUGUCUGAAUGCUGCACAUGAAUGCAUGAAUGACAGGAUUCCCAAUAAUGUAAUAACAGACUAGACUCUAUGUUGUAGUACUGGUAAUUAAAAUGGUAAAAAGUGGAGUGGGCAAAAUCAAAAAUGAUUACAACUGCUCUAAAAGCAUCACAAAAUGUGUUAUUGCUGUUUUGGUUUUUUUGCCCCCUCCUAACCCCCCAGCACUGCUGAGCGGCUCCUCACAGGCACUUUAAACCAAUGCGCGUUACUAAUAAUGAUGCUAUGUGAAGGUAAGGAGCUGUAUUAUUAUUUAUUUUUGCAUUUUGAAGGUCUUGUGUUUCGUUAAGUUUAAUCAGUUUCUUUCAAUUUGCAUCCACAGACUUUUCAAGCUUGUCACAAAAACAGCAGACCAUAGCAAACGUGGUGAGAAAAGAUUCCCACGUUUCAAUUUCACGAGUACAGAGGAUUUAAAAUACUGUGUGAUUAAAUGCAACAACAUAUCCAUUACAUAUGCAUAUAUUACUACUGUUGGACAGUGGUGGUUUGACUGAUGUGACAUGAUGAGAGUAUUUGGUUGGUUUCAGGGCCUUCAAUAUCAUCACCUGUCUUAAGAAAAGAAGACAUGUUGACUCCAUUUACAAAACAAGCAAAAGAUCCCCAGUUCAAUCCCUGGCAUUUAAAAAUAAUCUGCCAAAUCAAAUGUGGAGCUUCCUGAAAAAGGAAGAAGCUAAAAGUAGCAUUUUACAAUAACUUCAAGAAGACAUAAAGUGAUGGUUCUGAUAGUAUGUCCACAUGGUAAUUAUUCAGUUUGCUAAAGGUUUCUCUUAUUUUGUGGAUAAUGAACCUGCUGGCAUGUGCCAGUUGGUUCUAGGGAUACGUUUGAUUUAUCAUCUGAAUGAAGUUUCAUGGCAAGCUGAUAAAAGCUGGGGAGUGACUGAUAGAAACAAACAUCCCAUUUCUCUACAGCAGAGUUUCACAGCCUAUAAGUUAAAACUGGGCUUUAAAAAAAAAGAAAAUCGUGCUUUUUCUGUUACUUAAAAUCCUUGUUUCUUUCUCAUCCUGUCCUGUGGUUAUUUAUGUUUUAUGCCGUUAAAAGUAAGUAUAAAAUAAAAAUGAGUCAUGGGGUCAUUACUAGAACACGACAAAGAUACAGGCACUCUGAUUCCAGGAGAAACUAUUCCUUCUCCUGAAAUUAUUCCCUUGUGUGAACCGCCUCACCCCUCUCCCCCACUGACACAUCACAAGGGGGGGAAGGAGGAGGUUCUCCUGGAGUGAGGGUGUGGAUAACGAUGGGAGCUCUGCUCUAAUCCACCCCGCCCAACGAUACAAGGAUUGUGAGAAAGCCUGAAGUCAUUGGGGCCACUUGUUAGGAUUUUAAAGUGGUGAAAGUCCCAAAUAGAUGGAGCAUAGUGAUGGUUUUCUAAUUAAUGAUCUUAUCCCUGAAAUGCUAAAGGAAAUGCAAGAAAUGGCUGAUCUUUGCAUUUCAGCUGAAUCAUUUUUGUGUUUUAUAAUAGUACAAUAGUAAUACAAAUUAUUAAUACAAAAGCUAGUGUUGCAUGGCCACAGUGUUUAGAGGCCAGACACGAUAAAACUACUUGAUUAUUUCAAAAGAGAAGAAUCUUUUAUUUUAUCUCCAGCCCCCCAAAUUUGGGAGCCACUGUCUUUAUUCAGUCUUUAUUCUUCUCCUGCAAUCGCUGUUUGUGUGUUUCGAGCAAAACGUUGUGAGCGAAUCGUUUUUGAAUACUGCCAUCAGUCUUAAGCUGGCACAAAACAUCCUACGACGACACACCCAAACCCGGCCCACCGUGAGUUCAGUGUGAUCGUGUUCUGUGUGGGUUUUGUUCAGUUUGGACUCUGCUGGGACACAAACUGUGUGACACUGUCGCUGCACAGAGUUUUGGUUUUAUUGCAGCUGUGGGAAAAA